CUUGCAUCCCAAAGCAUGUCGAAAUCCGCACGGUACCAAGCCGUGUCGAGUGUGAAGGAGGAGCGAAACUACGCCAGGCAUCCUCUAGACACGGCGAAUGUCCUCUCCCGCCUCAGUUACGGGUGGGCUACUCCACUCAUGAACCUGGGCAAUCAACGCCAGCUCGAGUCGUCAGACCUGUGGCCGCUGCAGCAAGAAAACCAGUGCGACUUUGUGAGUCGCCAGUUUGAGCCCAAGUACCACGCCACCAAGUCCAUCGUGAAGGCCAGUUUGUCGGUGUUUGGCCUGCGUGCCUUGUUCAUCGGGUUUUUGCAACUCGUGGCCAUGGUGGCAUCUCUUUAUGGCCCCAUUGUGCUGCAGCAGGUCGUGUCGUCCGUCGAGACUACGAGCGCAGACUUUCAAACGCUGUUGGUUCCAAUUGUCAUGCUAUUCGUGGUCAAAGUAUUCCAAGCGGUGGUCAAGACCCAGUCCGAUCUGCAAAACGAAAUCAUGUACGUCCAGUUCACGUCGGCGUUGCAAAACCUGCUGUACAAGAAGACCAUGGUCCUCAACGCCAAGUCCCGCAAACUCAAGAGCACCGGCGAAAUCUCCAACUUGUUUACGUCCGACAUGUGGCAAGUAUUGGCCGUGUCGUUCACUGCCAACGACAUCUGGAUCACACCAUUGCAAGUGGUUGCGUUGCUGUUUAUGCUGUGGCAAGUGUUGGGCUGGGCCAUGGUCACUGGCAUCGUGGUCAUUGGUGUGGCCUUCAUCGUGAACCGCUUCCUCGCCACAGCGUCUCGCAACACUUGGAAGGAACUCAUGGAAAAGAAGGACAUCCGCAUGAAGGUCGUGAACGAAGUGUUUGGGUCCAUGCAAAUCAUCAAGCUGAACGCGUGGGAAGAACGGUAUUACGACAAAAUUCGCGAUUUCCGCGACGACGAAUUGAAGUCGCUGUGGACGGGGUCGUGUAUCCAAGCCGGCACGAUUGCCAUGAACUACAUCGCGCCCGUGGCCCUUACGACGGUGUCCUUCGCCUCGUACGUGCUUCUGUUCAAGCAAACUCUGACGGCAUCCAAGGUGUUCACGGCCCUCGCGCUGUUCAACAUGAUCAAGGCCCCCAUGAUGCGGCUGCCCCAAAUCAUCGCCACGUGGAUGCAGUCCUUGGUGUCAUACAAGCGUUUCACGGAAUUCCUCGCCUUGGACGAGCGCGAUCCGACCAUCGUAAGCUCAACCGUGUCGUCCAACGCGAUGGCCAUCGAAGUGGUCGACGGGUGCUUUGGCUGGGAUGCGGACAAGCCCUUCUUCAACCACUUGAACGUGUCUGUCAAGCGAGGCGAGUUGGUGGUGCUGCACGGCAGUGUGGGCGAAGGCAAGUCGUCCUUUUGCAACGUUCUCUUGGGGGAGCUGGACAAGUACGGGGGUUCUGUGGGGGUGAGCGGCCGCGUGGCGUUCUUUGCCCAGCAGCCGUGGAUCCAGAACAUGACCAUUCGGGAAAACAUCCUCUUUGGCCUGCCUUACGACCGCGUCAAGUACAACAGCGUGCUCGAAGCGUGUGCGUUAGCCAAAGACCUGACGCUGUUUGCCGCUGGCGACCGGACGGAGAUUGGGUCCAAGGGCGUCAACGUGUCUGGCGGACAAAAGGCCCGCAUCAGUCUGGCGCGGGCGUGCUACAGCGACGCCGACAUUUUCAUCUUGGACUCGCCCUUGUCUGCCGUGGACGCCAUCGUGCAGAACGAAAUCUUCACCAAGUGUAUGUUGGGUCUGUUGCGCCACAAGACCAUUCUGCUCGUCACGCACAGUCCUGAAAUCAUUGGUUCGCCGUACGUGGACCGUACGAUUGAAAUCAAGGACGGGGCGUUGGUGGAAACGGUCAACGUGGCCAAGAUAGGUCUGGACAAGAGCCCGAUCUCGCCUUUGAAAGCCCGACAGUACUUUACCGACGACUCGUCCGAAGAUCUGUUGGAAGACCGAGUUGCUGUGACCACUGUACACUACCAAGACAUGAUGCUGGUGUCGCCCUCAGUCAAAUCUCCGUUUGGAGGUCACUUGGAGCAGUACUGCUUAUUCACCCCCGUCGACGACUCCCAGCCCAAGACGUACAACGAAACGAGUGGCAAGUUGGUGGUCGUGGAGGAGCGCGAGGCAGGGCGGGUGUCCAGCGAAGUGUUUCUCGCCUACUUCAAUGCUUUGGGUGGUUGGCCAGUCGUGAUUGUGCUGCUGGUGGUGCAAAGUGCGUGGCAGGGUCUCCAAGUGGCUAGCGACCUCUGGCUCAGUUCGUGGACGUCGACGGGUUCGACUACAACGUCCGAGGAGUUUCAGGCGUCGGCGGAGUACAACAUCUCGAUUUACGCGCUCUUGGCGGUGGGUUCGUCGGUCAUGGUAGUGUUCCGCAGUCUCACCGUGUCGUGGGCUGGCCUUCGAGCGUCGAAAAAACUGUUUGACGACCUGUGCAAGGCGCUGCUUGGGGCUCCCAUGCGCUUCUUCGACGCGAACCCAUUGGGCCGUAUCUUGAACCGCUUCAGCGGCGAUAUGAACCAAGUGGAUGGUCGCAUUCCUGGGUCCGUGAGCUAUUUCGUGGCGACGCUGUUCAUUUUGGUGUUUUCGCUGGGCACGACCGUGUUCGUGAUCAAGUCCAUGAGCGUGGUGCUGUUGCCACUCAUGUACAUUUACUACAAGGUCGGGUCUGUGUUUGUCCAGCCUGCUCGAGAGAUGGAGCGGCUGUCCAAGACCACUCGGUCGCCCAUGAUCACCCACAUUUCAGAGAGUAUCGACGGCGCCGUGCUAGUGCGAGCGUUUGGCCCUAAGCAAGUGCGCCGCUUCGAACGGCUGCACCAGGUCAAGGUGGACCGGAACAAUGAAACCAACUUUUGCAGCGACUUGGCCGGUCAGUGGUUUGCCUUCCGCAUCCAAAUGAUCAGUGCGUCGAUGCUGCUCGUGACCACGCUGGCCUUGGUGUACAUGCGCAACUACUUGACGGCGGGGCUGAUUGGGCUCGUCUUCAACUACUCGCUUCAGAUCACAAACCAACUGGAAGGCAUGGUGUGGGUGUGGUCUUCUCUGGAAACGGCCAUGGUGGCCCCCGAACGCGUGGCAGAGUACACGAACGUGGAGCAGGAGGCCCCGCGCGUCAUUCCUGGCAGCGUGCCUUCUUCAUGGCCUCAAGAUGGCUCUGUCCGGUUCGACCGCGUUAGCUUCCGCUACAAACCCAACGACCCGCUGGUACUGAAAUGCAUCAGUUUCGACGUCAAGUCGGGGGAGAAGGUGGGCAUCGUCGGUCGCACGGGUGCUGGCAAGUCGAGUUUGACCAUGGCGCUGUUCCGCAUCAACGAACUCGCGUCUGGAACGAUGGUGAUUAGCGGCGUAGACGCGUUUUCGAUGGGCGUCAAGACGUUGCGGGAAAGCAUGGCCAUCAUUCCCCAGAACCCGAUCCUGUUCAAAGGCACGCUGCGCACGUACUUGGACCCUUUCGACCAGUAUACCGACGCCGAGCUGUGGGCCGUCUUGGCCAAGGUGCGGCUCACAGGGCGCAUCGCCGCCGAAACGGACAAACUGCAGAGCGUAGUGGAAGAGAACGGAGAGAACUACAGCGUGGGCGAGCGCCAGAUGCUGUGCAUGGCUCGAGCGCUGCUUCGGCAGUGCCGCAUCGUCGUGAUGGACGAAGCCACGGCCGCGAUGGACCACGAGACGGACCAGAACCUUCAGCGCGUGAUCCGCGACGAGUUUGCAGGCUCCACGGUGCUCACUAUCGCCCAUCGCCUCGACACGGUGCUGGACGCGGACCGCAUCAUGGUAUUCGACCAAGGCCGGAUCGUGCAAUGCGACGCCCCGGGCAAGUUGAUCCAAGCUGGCACCGGCAUCUUUUACGACCUCUGCAGCGAAGGCGGGUACUUGAACAACAUUAUAGACGGCGCUCGUGAUAAUACCGACAACGAAUAAUUCAUGAACAUGAUGUAUCUAUCUGAC